UGAUGUAAACAUGACCGAAGAACUUUCCGGUGUAACGAUAGUGAUAUUUAUUGCAGCAGGAGUAUUAACGAUAUUAUUAUUGUUCAUAUUUGCAAAACGACAAAUUAUGCGAUUUGCGUUGCGAUCUCGUCGUGGACCACAUAUUCCUAUUGGACACGAUGCACGAAAGUCACUUAAAAAGGAAAUUGAAAGGCGAAUAGAAGUAAUACCAAGAAUACAGUAUGAUCCACAACUUAUCAGUGAUUCAAGAUUUAUUUUAACGCCUCGAGGACAAGUCCCACCGCCACAUUAUUAUAGGUUAAAAGCAGUAGAUGAUAUUAAAAUUUUAGAAGCUGAAAUUACUAAAUACGACAAUUGUCUAAAAAGACAUCCAUCCGAAAAUUUACGAGCAUAUUUACUUGCCACAUUGGCUGCUCCAUUAAAUGGAAGUGGACAACGGUUAAUUCAUCAAUUUUGCGAUUUAUAUGAACACGCGCGACACGAUCCGACCGAGUUCGGAGAUGAAGAAUACCAAGUAUAUACUCAUUUGUUUCUUAAACUAAUGGAUGCGGCUCGUUUGUUAAAAUCGUAUCCGAGCAGUAGAAAAUCUAGUCCAAGUCGCACACCUAUUAAGAAAAAUGUUGAAACGAAACGGAAUAUAUUAGAACCUAAAAUGAAAUUACCCGAGGAUCAAGUAUUGACAGGAUCACGACCCAAUACGUUAACAGUGAUGACAAUGGAUAAUAGCGAAACAUCUGUUUAGCAUUAUGAAAGUCGUCACAUACAGCAGCACAUGUGACGAGAUGCGCGUUCAUAGUUAUUGUCACUCCCUGUGUCAUGUGGAACUGCAAUUAACACGACCAC